AUGAUUCUCGAGAUUCUCGGCCUGUUGUUCUUUUCAUAUCUGUCAUGGAGCAUUAUCUUCGGACGAUACUCCCGCCGCGGCUGGUACUUUGCCGACCGGUGGGAAUCGCAUCGUCGCUAUGGCCCAAUCUGGGCAAUCGUCACUCCACGCGAUGUCUACGUCAACGUCGCCGACCCGGAGGCCAUUCAUGAUAUUUUCCAGCGUCGAACCGACUUCAUCCGGCCCAGUCACCUGUACAAAGUGUUGGAAGUUUAUGGGCCAUGCAUAUCUACGGCCAGUUGGACGGACUGGCCACGCCACCGCAAGGUCCUUGCCACUCCGUUCAAUGAGACAUGGGAUGGUGCCGCUGAAGGUCAAAUCACCAGUGUCGCCAAGGACACGCGCACCUUAUCCCUCAACGUCCUUGCUGCGACUGGCUUUCGCAAGUCGUUUCCUUUCCAGAGUGCUAAUGACCACCCCGUAGCUCAGGAGCCUCAUUCCACUCCUAGAAAAGAGGACGCAGAUUCCCCGGUUGCAUCGGCAGGCUACCGUGACGCUCUUCAAACAGUCCUGGACAACUGCAUUUUUCUCAUGGUCUUGGGACGGAAAUGGCUGGCGCUUCCCUUCGCGCCUCAAUCGUGGCGUCAAAUUGCCAAAGCAGCCGAUGACUUUCAGCGAUACAUGGUGCGUAUGUUGGAUGAAGAGACCAAGGCUUUAAAUUACGGACAGGCUGGCAGUGGGGGUCUGAUGACAUCCUUUGUGCGGGCCAUGGACCUAAAACAGAAGGCAGAUGCGGAGGGUGGGACUGCAGCUUCGGGCUCCCCACCCAAGGGCCUUACGGUGGAUGAGAUAUUCGGGAACAUUUUUGUUAUCAACUUUGCGGGCCACGAUACCACCGCCAACACCCUUGCCUUUGGCUUACUCCUGCUGGCGGCAUAUCCCGAAGUUCAAGAUUGGGUGGCUGAGGAGCUGCAGGGACUCACUGACGAAGAGAUCAAGAAUCACUAUGCUGAUCUCUUUCCACGCCUUCGGCGCUGUCGAGCCAUUUUGCUCGAGACUCUCCGCCUGUUCCCCCCAAUUCAAUCCUUGCCGAAGCGGACCAGUAGCGAGCCGCAAUGCCUUCAAGUCGGUGGUCGGACGAUUGUCGUCCCCAACGACGUUGGAGUCCACCCCAGCCUACUAACGAUGCACAUCAACGCUCAGUAUUGGAGCGAAGCCAUGGCCUGGAAGCCUUCGCGCUGGAUCACGGUCGCCGAAGCAUCCGAGCGGGUCAUCACCCCCGCACGGAGCAGCUUUUUGCCCUGGUCGGACGGACCACAGAACUGCCCUGGGAAUAAGUUCUCACAGGUGGAGUUUGUCGCCAUCAUGGCCAUACUCCUGCGAGCGCAUCGCAUCGAUGCCAUCGCCAAUCCCGGCGAAAGUUUCCGGGAAACCCAAGCAAGGGUGCUGGCGACCACGCAGGAUGUGGACAUGCAGUUGCUGCUCCGCAUGAAGGAUGCGGAUCGCGUGCGGAUGGUGGUACGUCGCGUAGCUUAAGGCAUUUUGCAGGCUGUGCAACUGCCUUUCGUUCGACAACUAUCCGAGUGGUGCUUCAAAUUAUAUCUGUACUGGAGAUAGGUCCUCCCUUGUAUUAGUGCCCGAGGUUCUCUUCCUUCAAUUUUACGGCAGAUCUUGUUUCUUUUCCUAGGUAUUCAGAUUAGGUAUUACUUCACCUUAGCGUUAACAACGUC